AUGAACAGAGGUCUUAGCUGUAAUAUCCACAAAAAUUACCCAAUAUUUCAUAUAAAUUUAUUAGAAAAAGAAAAAGCCAAAUUAUAAUGUGUCAAAUGCAUAUCAAAUAAAAGAAUUGAAGUUGAAUUUUUACUCUUGCAAGAUAUAAUUGAAUUUGAUAGCAACUCAUUUUUUGAAAAUUGGCCUCCACUUUCUAAUGAAUCAUUAAGAGAUAAUAUUAUUAAAUUAAAAAAUAAUGAUACAGACAUCAAUUAACCCAUUGAAGAAUUUUAUGAAUCACUAACUCAAGAAAUAAUUUAGAUUAUAUCUUAGAAAAAGAAAGAAUAGCUAAUAUAAGCCUAAAAGGUUUAUGAAUUAAAGUCUGAUAUAAUUGAAUAAUAUCAGCAAAUGGCAUAAAUUGAUAAAAUGAAAGAAUUUCUUGUUUAAGAAAAUCAAUAAACUGAAAAAAUUGAAUAAGAUCUAAAAGAGCAUAUCAAUUCCCAAUUCUAAAAAAAAGAUGAAUAUACCUCUCAACUUUCUUGUAUGAUGAAAUAAUAUGAAUUAAUUAGUAAACUGGAUGAUGUAAGAACUGCUCAACUGAAAGCAAAUAUUUUAGAAAUUUUAAAAGUUGUUAAUCUUUUACCUUAAAAUAAUUUUAAUUUUGGAACUGAAAAAGCAGAAUUUAGAUUUGAAAAUAUUGAAGCUUACAAGAAAAAAAUAGAAGAAGAGCUUUAAAUUAACAAAUAAGAUCAGAUAAAAAUCUAAAUUUUAAUAGAUUAGCUUAAUCUUUGUAAAAAUGAAUUAAUUUAAAGAAUGAAUCAAAAAGAUUGGUUUUUAGAUAAUUUCUUAAAAGAAUAAUAGACUUUAUUAUUAAAUAAUUAGCUCAAUUAAGCACAAUUUAUGAAAGAUAUUUAUAAAAAUACAAUUGAUUUAUAAAAUUUGAUGACCAAUCAAAUUUAGUAACUAGGAUAAACAAAUUUCAAAUAUUUCAGUGAAUUUAAUUAUAACUUAAAACUUAAAAAUGAUGACAUUUUCAUUUUUUCAAACUAUAGAUAAAAUUAAUCAAUAAUAGAUUUAACCUAAGAUGAGAAGAAUUUAACUUUAGAGUUCAGAGUUUGUUUAAAAGAUAAUUUAAUUUAAUAUAAAAAUUCUGAUAAAAGGUAUUAUUUUGGUGUUUAAUUUUUUAGUGAUAAUGUAGGAGAUAUGUUUGAUAUUAUAAAAUUAGAAGAAUUAAAUGAAUUCCCAGAUAAUUGA